UGGUCUUCUCGCUGUUAAAAAUAAAAAAAAAUUAAAAACCAAAAUAUUAUCUCAAAAACCGUUUCUUUCACUCCCAAAGAGAGAAAGACCCCGUUGCCCCAUUUUAGUCUCUCGCGCCAUGGACGAUGAGGCAAGCAACAGCAGCAGCGGCAACAACAACAACAACAACAAAAACCUUACAAAUGACAAUAAUAACAAAAGUCCUGUUCUUGGUGGGUUCUUGGAUGCAAGCAAAGCAGAGAAAUCAGUUUGGUUGAUGAAAUGUCCUUCAAUAGUCUCUCGUUUUCUACGAAGCCAAGAACAUGAAGUUGGUGAUGGUGAUGCCUCUUCGCCACCUGUGGCUAAAGUCAUUGUCUCUGUUGACCCUCUUAAAAGCAAUGAUGAUGAUAAUUCUGCUACAGAGUUCACUAUGGAAAUGGCUGGCACUGGACCUGGAGAUGGACUCAAGUCUUACUCUAUGGAAAUGUCUAAAGACUUAGUUGAUAUGUCUGUGUUUUCUGAGUCAUCUCAAGGAAAGCUGUCUGUGGAGGGAAGAAUACUGAACAAAUUUGAUGUGAGGCCUCAUAGUGAAAACCUUGAGAACUAUAGAAAAAUCUGUCGUGAAAGAACAAAAAAGUACAUGGUCAAGAGUAGACAAAUAAAGGUCAUCGACAAUGACACUGGGAGUCAUAUGAUGCCUAUGCCGGGGAUGAUUAUAUCUGGACUCGCUGAUAAGAAGAAACUGCCAAUCAAGGCAUCAGAUAUGAAAAGGACGAGAAGAGACCGUAGAGAAAUGGAAGGGAUUAUGUUUAAGCUUUUUGAAAAGCAACCAAACUGGACACUAAAACAGCUGGUCCAAGAGACAGACCAACCUGAACAAUUUGUUAAAGACAUGCUUAAAGACCUUUGUGUCUAUAACAACAAGGGAAGUAAUCAAGGAUCAUAUGAGCUGAAGCCGGAAUACAAGAAAUCAAACGAGGAACCAGCGCCUGAAUAGAUUUUAGUAUUGCUGAUGAAUGACUGCAGAAAGGAGCUCUAUUAAUAGUAAUUUGUACUGUUCUCCUUUUCCCUAAACUACUUUCCUGAUGCCCUCUUUCUAAUGAAAUUGACUUGUAUGCAAGAGGGCAGGCCGUGAAGGAAACAGUAGGCGUCUUUGCUUUUUAACCUCUAGUUUUCAGAUCAGCACACGAUGGCAAUUUUGUCAACUUUCUGUAAAUACAAACUUGGCCACAUAUUUCAUUCAGGGUAUUGUCAUUUACGAGAAUGUUUAAUGUCUGACCCUUUCAA